GUGCCGGGUCCGGGGGAGCUAGUCGGUACGACUGGCGUAAACACUGCCCCUGCAACAAUCAAGCAGCGCGCACGAGCGCAAGGAUCCCUCUUAUAAAACCUCCGCCAAACCACAGCUCGUGUGCCCGCGUCAGCUUGCUAAAAAAGCUCGGUGCGGCCACUGCAAGCCAAGCACUGCCACUGAUGCCUCGCACGCCGCGCCGCCCGGGCGACCCGCCCGCGCGGGGCCGCCAGCCGCGCAAGCCGAAGCGGCCCAAGGUCCCGCGCGACGCGCCCCUCGACGUGCACUGGGACGACUUCUACGCGCGGCGGGGUGGCCGCUUCUACAAGGACCGGCACUGGCUGCGGCGCGAGCUGCCCGAGCUGAUGCCGGCCGCCGUGCGGGCGGACCCGCUCCGCCACCAGGCGCCGCUCGAGAGCGACGGCGAGGCGGUCGACCGGAGCGACGCGUUCCCGGCCGCGCGCGAGCUCGCGGGCUGCGGCGUCGUGGGCCUCGAGGCGGGCUGCGGCUGCGGCGCGGCGGCCUUCCCGCUGCUGCGGGCGAACCCGGACCUGUUCCUGCUGUGCGCGGACUUCAGCGCGGAGGCGAUCGGCAUCCUGAGGGAGAGGCCCGAGUACGCGGCGCAGCUCCGGUCGCGGGCGCGCCGCUGCCACGCCUGGGUGGCGGACGCCGGCGCCGCGGAGGGCGACGCGGCCUGGGCGGCGUGCGAGGCGCUCGCGUCCGGUCUCGGCCUGUGAGGAAAUCUAAUUUCGGGCGCCCCACGCUCGAUGGCGUGAGUUUUCAGACCAUGGACGCGACGUCGUCGCCGUGACUGCGUCGGCUCAAUGGCGUGGAGGUCCGCGAAGGUCCAUGAUUUCCACGCAGGCAUCGGCGGGCUCCACGCGAUCACGCUCAUCUUCGCGCUGUCGGCGCUCGAGAGGGCGCCGGCGGCGCGGUGCGUCGCGCGGUGCGCGCGGCUGCUGCGGCCCGGCGGCCUGCUCUUCGUGCGCGACUACGCGGCGGGCGACCUCGCGCAGAAGCGCCUGGAGGCGAAGCCGAACCGGAGGACGGCGGAGGAGGACGGCUUCGUGAGGGGCGAGGGCACGCUCGCGCGCUACUUCUCGCGGGCGGACUUCGACGCGCUGUUCGACGCGGACUUCGAGGCGCUCGCCGUCGGCUUCGUCGAGCGCGACAUCACGAACCGCAAGCAAAAGGUCACGAUGGAACGGCGCUGGAUCCAGGGCAAGUACGUCAGACGCGGCGCGCCGCCCCUGUUUUCGGUCGGGGGGCGCGCGAACGUCGUCGAGGCCGCGCCGGCCGUCCGGCGCCCGCCGAUCGACGCCGCCGCCCCGCCGCCGCCGCCGCCCGCCGGCUCCGCGGACCGGGCCCAUCAUCGGCCCUGCGCCGGCGGCUGCCUCGGCUGCGCUCAGUCUUGA